GAACAGGUACCAUAACCUCUCUCUCUCUCUCUCUCCACGCACAAUUUGAGGAUGGUGGUGCACCGUUUCUUUUGAUCGGUUUCUGCGUGAAAAAAGAGACCGGCAAAGUGCCAUCUCACUCUCUCUGUGUUGUUCUUCAUGUUGCAGAGUCUGUUUCUUGCGGUUCUGCAACUCCUCUCUCUGUCUCUCCCUCUCUGGUGAACUUGGUAACUUGUUUAAUCCACAUUGGUCGUCUGGGGAGAAAAAGCACCAACUCGCUUGCUAUCUGCAUCAGUUCUGUUUAAGUAGCAAUACUCUGGAGUUUCUACUUCUCUCUCUUGGUAUGAUCGCGACGAACAAUAUGUUGGUAGCUGGUAAGGGAAGGGGCGUGGGUUUGGUUUUUUCUGUGAGUGCUUAGAGGAAGGAAUUCUGCGGGUGACGGGGUGGAAGGAUGACGAAAAUGGGGAAUUUGGAGAAGAACGGAGUAGAUGGUGGUGCAGAGAAGACGGUUUUGGUCGGGGUGAAUCUGGAUUCUCAGAGCAAGGAAUUGCUCACUUGGGCGCUUGUCAAAGUUGCCCAGCCAGGAGAUCGAGUUAUUGCUCUUCAUGUCCUGAAAAACCCAGGGGAGGUUCACACAAGAGACAAAUCUUCUGUCGUUUGUCUGGUAAACACAUUCGACUCUGUUCUCUCGGUCUAUGAAGGCUUCUGCAAUUUGAAACAGGUGGAUCUUAAGGUUAAGAUCUCUCGUGGUCCUUCGGUUCGCAAAACUUUAGCGCAGGAGGCAAAGACUUUUGGCGCAUCAACAGUUAUAGUCGGUGCAUCCAAGAACAGCACCCUUGGGUCCUCUGUUUCAAUUGCUCGAUAUUGUGCUAGACAAUUACCAAAAAGCUGUUCAAUUUUGGCUGUCAGUAAUGGAAAAGUUAUGUUUCAAAGAGAAGCAUCGGCAUUAAAUCGUCAAGGUGUCCUAGAUGAAUCACGCAGAACUAAGAUAUUUGGUGUGCUACAGAGGACAUUAAGCAAGAGUUCCAAGGUUUUGAGUAAUAGUUCUGAUGAUGCGUCAACGAAUGAAGACAGCGGAACGUGCUCUGAGUCAGGAGAUUCACCUCAAUUUCGUACUCGGAUGUCCACUGGAACCAGAGAUUCACCCUCUGUGAAUAGUUACGAUGAAGGUGGCUUAGUCUUUACUGAUGCCUUCAAGUUGAAUACUCCAAAAGACACCUGCCAAGUUUGCAAAAUUGAAGCAGAGGGAAGAGGAAAGGACAAGGCUGUCAACAACAAGGAAAAAGCUGAUUCUUUAGGCCGGAAGCCUUGCAUAAGCAGCGACUGUCCAACUACCGAUGCUAAAAAGGAAUGGGCGCUCGUUCCAGUUCAAAAGCUAGGAGCUGCAUCAAAUCCUAUUCCUCUCCUGAUGAACGAGAUGUCGGAGUUAAAACCUGGUUGGCCCCUUCUAAGAAGAAAAUUUUUACCAAACAGAGGAGAUCCCAAUUCAACAAGCCAGAUUUCUGUUGUUCAAUGGGCUAUGCAGCUGCCAAGCAGGUAUUCUGCAGCAAUAACUUCAGAUUACAAAUCUAAGAAAAAGAAUACCUCUGCACCUGCCUUUGGUAAUGCUUGUAAUAGCAAUAGACGACGGGAAUUAGUUCCUACAGAUUGUAUAGAUGACAGGAAGCCUCAAAAGGAGUAUGAAAAUUUACCAAAGGAGCUGAAGACUCUUUAUCAUCGGCAUGCUUCUGCUUGUAGAUUGUUCAGCUAUGAAGUGCUUGCACGUGCUACAUCACAAUUCUCAUCAGACAAUUUGGUUGGUAAAGGAGGCAGCAGCCGUGUGUACAAGGGUUGUCUUUGUGAUGGCAGAGAAUUAGCUGUGAAAAUCUUGAAGUCCUCCAAUGAUGCUUGGAAAGAAUUCCUUCUGGAGAUUGAAAUGGCCACUACUCUCAAGCAUAAGAAUAUAAUAUCUUUGGUUGGCUUUUGUUUCACGAAAAGUAGUUUUCUGCUUGUCUAUGAUUUCCUAUCUAGAGGCAGCCUGGAAGAAAACCUUCACGGUUCAAAGGACAAACACUUCCUUUCUUGGGCGGAGAGGUACAAAGUCGCAGUUGGCGUGGCUCGCGCACUAGUUUAUCUUCAUAAUGCCAAUUCCCCUCCAGUGGUACAUAGGGAUGUUAAGUCAUCAAAUAUACUUCUCUCUGAUUCCUUUGAGGCUCAGUUGUCCGAUUUUGGUCUAGCCAAGUGGGUGCCUGUAUCUUCUCAUAUAACUUGCAAUGAUGUUGCUGGGACUUUUGGGUAUUUGGCACCCGAGUAUUUUAUGCAUGGAAAGGUAAAUGAUAAAAUUGAUGUAUACUCCUUUGGUGUUGUUCUUCUUGAGCUACUAUCAGGGAGGAAGCCAAUCAGUAAUGAAUCUCCAAAAGGCCGAGAAAGCUUGGUCAUGUGGGCCAUGCCACUUCUACAGAAGGGAGAAUUUGAUAAGGUCCUUGAUCCAACAUUAGGCAAAAACUACGAUGCUAGUCAGAUGACAAGGAUGAUGCUAGCUGCUUUGACAUGUCUGAGACGUGCACCACGUUUCAGGCCUCGGAUGGAUGUGGUUUUGAAGUUACUCCAAGGAGAUGAAGAUGUGGCAAAGUGGGCAAAAUUUCAAAUUUGCAUUGAUUCCGAGGAGCUAGAUGGCCUAGAAGAUGAAGCAUUCCCUGCGCCUAAUAUUCAAUCUUACCUCGACCUUGCAUUGCUUGAUGUAGAAGAGGACUCACUAUCUACGAGCAGUAUGCGGAAGAGCAUUGCCCAGAUCACAAAGGACAAGUGCCUGGAGGAUUACCUGCGAAGACGAGGAACUCUGGCUUCCAGUUUUGGUUGACUGCUCACCUCUCAGUUGCCUAUAUACCCAUAAGCUCUGUAUAGUCCUUUUUUUUUACUUCAAAAUUUUUUUCUUUUAUGAAAUAUAUACCUUAGCAUAUAUAUGGGCCUUGGAUGGGAGGUGGUUAGAAGGAUUGAUGCCCUCCUCCUUGCCUUGAUGAUAAGGAUGUCAACACCCAUCCUUUUGUUCUGUAGCCUUCCUGGAAAAUUGUGAAGGUCUUGCCACAUCUUAAGAGAAACCUCUUAAGAGUUUUUAUGUUAUUCUGUAAGCGCAACCUGUCUUUCCCUUGCUUUCACUACAGUGUAUGUAAAGUUUCCAUCAGACCACUAUUCAUAUACUGUAUGGAUCUCUCUCUGAGAGUUUUUUCUCCAAGUAUAAAUGCAACAUGAUGGCUUUGUCACCAGAAAUUA